AGAGAGGAGAGAGAGUCAUCUCCAGAGAAAGGCAGGCGCACCUCUCAAUUCUCUCAACAAGAUAGAUCUUGUUGGGGCGGACAUGAAUCACAAUUUGACUGAGCUUGCUGAGGGGGUGUUGUGAAACGACAGAGAACAGCUUCCUCCCACAUCUGGAUAAAACACCUUCCGAGAUACGAAACAAGGAAAGUUUGGAGUCCUCAGCCAACCGUCACCAAGGAGGACGAAAGCACAAGAGAGCUGAGAGAGAGCAUGGCUUCCUUGUCAUCGAACCACAGUCUUCCCUCAUCCCACAACAACACGAUGGCGGAGCUGAGCCCGGUGAGCAACGACAUCUCGACGGCCGUGGGCGCUCUGAUCCUGGGCAUCGUUUUCCUGCUCGGCGUUCCCGGGAACCUCUUUGUGGCCUGGAGCAUCAUGGCGCGCACCCGCCAUCGCUCCGUCACCACCCUGCUCAUCUUCAACCUGGCGUGCGCCGACGGCUUCCUCAUGGCGCUCACCGUCUUCUUCGUCAUCUACCUGGCCAAGCAGACGUGGGUCUUCGGCCAGGUCAUGUGCAAGAUACUCUUCUACCUGUGCAACGUCAACAUGUACGCCUCCAUCUUCCUCAUCACGCUGAUGAGCCUGCACCGGCUGGUGGCGGUGGUCUGGCCGCUCAAGUUGUCGUCGGUGGCCUGCAGGAAGAUCGUGACCAGGCUGAUCGCGGGCAUGUGGGCGUCGGUGAUACUGAUCGCCCUCCCUUCCCUGAUUUUCCGCGAAGUGAUCAAGAAGCACGACGACGUCCGGGACACCAUCCGGGUGUGCACGCCGAAACACGCCCUGCCGCGAGAAGUGAUGUUCCAGUAUUCCUUUGAGACAGUGGUCGGUUUCAUAAUUCCUUAUGCCGUCAUUAUGACCAGCUACAUAAAGAUUGUGAGACGCCUGAAGCAGACCAAGUUUCGUCGCACGGUGCGCAGCGAGAAGCUGAUCAUGGGGAUUGUGGUGACCUUCGGCUUGUUGUGGCUGCCCUAUCAUGUCAUCAACAUGGUACAGGUUUCAGCUGAGUGGUUUGAUGAAAAGUCGAAGGCGCGAGCAAAAUUGCUCCUGAUAUCGAAGACGAGUCGUGCCGUGACCUCUGCCCUGGCCUUCAUCAGUAGUUGUGCCAACCCAGUCCUUUACACGUUCGCUGGGAAGGCCUACAUCAAGAAAAACGGUUUCUCCUUCAUGGCUCGACUGUUUGAGGGCACAUCGAUGGAUCAGACCCCGAACAAAAUCGCUAGCAGCACAAACAAGUCAACUGAACUAUAAAUGACAAAGAUAUGGCUAGUAUAAGCCUGGUUUGAUCUUACAUAUAAAAACGUAUAACUGUAAAUAAAAGAAUUGUCAAGCUGUAAAUAUGUCAAUGUAAGAGUAGACAAGUUUACCAGAGGGCAUUGUACAUUUGUACUGUAAAUAUAGUUAAGGACAUACAUAUUAAAGUUAUGGCUGGAGAUAUCCAGCGAUUGAGUAAAUAAUGAGUAGCAUUGAAUGCCCCAUCUAGAGAACCUCCUUUGGUGCAGUUUGAUUUUUUUUGCCGGUUUCUUUUGGCAUUGUCCUCCACAUGACAUGUAAAGGACCUCAUAGGUAACCCAGCAUUACAGGUUAUCGCAGCUCUACAUUGCAUGCUGAAUUUCACAGUCCAAGGUCAUCAACCGUAUGAUUUUAAUCAAAACCCUUUCCAAAGUAUGCCAUUACACCUCUUGAAGCAUGAAA